UGAGUCAUUUGGAGAGACCGGCCGAGGCCUGGGCUGUGUGGCGUUAGCGACCGACGGGCUUUUGUAAUGCCUUCGGGUUUAUCCCACGAUCUUUAAGCCCUUCAGGCUUGAGGAAAUCAUUCGUGCCGAAACAAGAAUGCGGACAGAACAGACCGGACCUGUUUUGUUGUCUUGUAGCAGGUACCGUAAAUGACAUGGCAUUUUAUCUCUACUGGCAGUCGGUGUGUUUUAAAGGCAGCAGGUGGUUGAGGACUACAUCAUUUUUAAAAGAAGAUUCAGAUUUGAAGAGGAAAUACAGAUUUUUAAAAAUUUGUUUCUUGGCAGAAAAGAACUGGACAAAAGGAAACUGUUAAUUAACAACAACACAAUGAAGUAGCCUUUGAACCACACUUUCAGUCCUGAGCAGGAUAUAUUAGUGUCCCAUUCAGUUUCUUUUUAAGCCAGAGACACUUUUCAUUGUGUGAGGCACAGGUGAAGACAUCUCCAGCCUCCCUCCGACAGAUCCCUGACCUCUGCAGCCAUGGGUGAAUGGGGGUUCCUCAGGAGCGUCUUCGACAACCUCCAGGCUCACUCUCCGAUGCUCGGACGCUUCUGGCUCUUCCUCAUGCUCAUGUUUCGGAUCCUAAUCCUGGGGACUGUGGCCAGCGACCUGUUUGAGGACGAACAAUUGGAAUUUACUUGCAACACCCUCCAGCCGGGCUGCAAGCAGGUGUGCUACGACAAGGCGUUCCCCAUCUCCCAGUACAGGUUUUGGGUGUUUCACAUAGUUCUGAUUGCUACGCCGUCCAUAGUCUUCCUCUUGUACGCCACACAUCAAAAUAAAAAAAAAGCCUUGCGGCCCAAGUCGAGGCGCAGCAGCAUUCAGAACUACCAAGACGACCGCCGUUUGAGGAGGCUGUACAUCAUCAACGUCAUCUUUCGAAUCAUAGCGGAGGUGGCCUUCUUGGUGGCCCAGUGCAAGCUGUACAGCUUCAAGGUGCCAGCCCAGUACCCCUGCGAUCGCUUUCCCUGCCCCUACACCGUGGACUGCUUCACCUCCCGCCCUAUGGAGAAAACGAUCUUCCUCUACUUCUACUUUGGCGUGGGGGUCCUAUCUGCCUUUUCUAGCAUUGUAGAGCUGUUCUACAGCUCCAUAAAGUGGUUCUGCUGCAACCAGGAAGACUUUGAUCUGGAAGACAGAGCCUGCAAGAAUCUCCAGAACUUCAGGCAAGAUGAGUCGGGCAAGAAGACGAUGUCAGACAGUGCAUCCGGCAGCGUGCAGCUAAAGAAAGGAUCAGUGAAGAGCAGCAAGACGAUCUCCACUAAAGGCAAGAGAGGCAAAUAUGUGAGCACCAGGACGUGCACGGUUUGACACGUCAACAUUUCCUGCUCAAAAAAUGUUGGGUUUUUUUUAUCUAACGGUGUACGUCAUUUCAUCUUAAAAUGCCAUGUAUGUAUGUGUGACAGAGUUUCCCUGAUUGGAGACAUAAUAAGGACGCCUUAGGAACGAGGUCAGGAAAUGAGUGUAAAGACGAGGCCUGGUUGACCUGCAGGGAUCGUGAAUCACGCCCAACUCUAAACACUUGAGAGAGAAAAAUCUGACAGCAAGGCCCUUGUUAGACCUGUUUAACGCUUCCUUGGUUGCUGCAGAGCUCACUCUGACACUCUCAUUGUAGUGAAAAAAAUCCACCCUCAAGUGUGCUUUUAUGAAGUGUUUCUCUCCAUCACUGAAAGUGUCUGAAAUGAAACGUUUUCCAAAAUAGAAAGAAAAAUUUGACAUCAGAAAAAAUACACUUCUGUUGUUUUGUUGUUGAAUGAGUUAGCUGCUUAGCUUAGGCUUUGCUAAAUUUGAGCCAACUCAAAAGCAAUACUACAUUUGAAUUUUUGUGAAAGUAUUCUACCUGCUGACAAGUUAGGUUUUUAUUUUACAUUUGUAAGUGUAUUGGUCAUAUGUCAGGCAGAAUUUUUCAGUUUGCUACUUAGAAAUAAAAGUUUAAAAUGUAGUUUACGUCUGCUACUAGCAUAAAUUUGUUUAUUGUGGAUGGAAUUUGAAAAAAGGGCCAUUUUGUUUCUUUUGAAUUUUAUAAAACAGUAUUAUUGUCUGCAUUAUACUUUAAAUCUAUAGUAAACAUAAAUGUGACUUGUUUUGGAAAUAAGGCACCGAUUUUAGACUGAAGUAAAUACCAUAUGUGAGCAAUACAUAUUACCCAAUACUUUAGCUGAUUUCUUUUUCCAACUGGUUCAAACACAUUUUUAUAUCAGUGGUGGGUCAUCAGGGCCUGCAUGCAGUAUCAAAAUGCCUACCAUUCACAACCUAACUUAUUUUUUGUUCAAUUAAAUUGUAUUAAUUUA